CCCAAGACGGAGACCACCGUCACCCCCGGACCAAGUGACUAUUGCACCGAGACCGCCAACAGGCACGUCUUCAAGUGCCCACCGGUGCAGUCCAUGGCCUUCCGGCGGGAGCCUGUCCGAACUGACCGCCCUCCAGGUCCUGGCACCUACACAUUGCCCAGGCUGAUGGGGCCCAACACAGCCUACACAUCGGCCAGCCCCUGCUACACCAUGAGAGGAAGGAGCCAGCGCGGUCGCUUUGAUGAAGACCUUGCCAAGACCCCGGGUCCUGCGGCGUUCCCCAAGGUUGCUGUGGAUGCCUACAAAACCAGGGCGCCCGCGUACACAAUGGGAGCGCGACCGAAACCUGGAGGGGCCAAAGCAGCGAAGCCCGGGCCGGCGGACUACAGCGUAGGCCGGGUGACGCUGAUCAAGCCCCAGGCACCUGCAUCCACCUUUGGAAUCCGGCAUUCCCUCUACACAACCCCUCUGCUCGUUGAGUAAAACAGCAAAGUCCGAGAGGCCCUGUUUGCUUGCCUGGAGGGGAAGGGGACGGGAAGACAGACAAAUCUACUGCCGGUUUCCGUUUGAUUCCAUUUCCGUGUAUCGAGUUUGGCUUUUGCCUGCUGGACAUCAGCGAUACGAGAAAGUCGUUAAUAAAAUGAACUCAGUACCUCUACG